UCCAUCUCUGCCUCACUUCUUCCCUCACACCGUUUCCGAGGCUCUUGGAGGGAGGACGGAUAAACGGCGCAGACGACUCACCGGAUUUGAUACCCGAAGGAGGGCAGGAAUGCUACGGUGAUUUCCCUUCUCUUCUCUCCCGACACCCACCUCCUCCUCAACCACCUCCUCCUCCUCACUCCUCUUCAUCUCGGAGCCUUAUCCAGACGCACUGUUUUUAUUCCCUCUUUAUUGGUUUGGGGGUUUUUAUUCUGCCUGUGCGCUCCAGCGGAUAAAAGAACAUUUCAUGCUCCGAGGAGAACCGACUUUUUAUUACCUCUUCUCCUCCAGGCGCACGCACACAGAGAGGAACUGGGUUUUCCAUCAGUGGAUGUGUUGGACACCUCAUGUGAGAAGCGAUACUACUUGGAAGAAGUGAACGUUUUCCCCUGGCUUGUAUGUAUUUGGGGGGGGGAGACAUUCCCUUGGCUGCGCACGGAGCCCCUCACUUCCAAGGCAGAUCUGUGUCACUGUGCAGAGAAGAACACCAGGGAUGAGCUAAAGGCUCUGUGAUUGGAGGAGAGAGGGAAUGAACAAACUGUGAGAGCGAAGAACAAGGAGACGAAAGGCAGCAACGUGAAGGACAUCACCUCGGUGGGAGCGGCGCUCCGCUGAGAGGCAGCAGAGAGCAGGGGUCGGAGUGAAGCGCUCGGUUGCUCAGGUCGGACGAGAAGCCAACGCUGAAGAUGAAGCGACAGGGCCUCGGGCUCCUGAGGGCCCUCCUGGUGCUGGUGGGAGUUUCUGCGCUCUGCAGUGUCGCAUUAGGAACCCGGAGAGGAAACGCUUCCUUGGAUCAGAGGAGCCACAGACACAGAAAUCCAGGUCACUUGUCGUUGCACAGACACAGACAGCGGACGGGGAAGGAAGGACAGGUGCUGCAUCGGUCCAAACGAGGAUGGGUCUGGAAUCAGUUCUUCGUCAUUGAGGAGUACACCGGACCUGACCCAGUUCUGGUGGGCAGGCUCCACUCAGACGUAGACUCGGGCAAAGGCAACAUCAAGUACAUCCUCUCCGGCGAAGGCGCGGGGACGAUCUUCGUCAUCGAUGACAAGACGGGCAACAUCCACGCCACGAAGACCCUGGACCGCGAGGAGCAGGCGCAGUACACCUUAACGGCCCAGGCAGUGAACAGAGACACUAAUAAGCCUCUGGAGCCUCCGUCAGAGUUCAUAGUGAAAGUUCAGGACAUCAACGAUAAUCCUCCAGAGUUCCUACACGGGCCGUACUACGCCAGGGUCCCUGAGAUGUCCAACGUGGGUACCUCGGUGAUGCAGGUGACAGCUACAGAUGCCGAUGACCCCACCUACGGCAACAGCGCCCGGCUGGUGUACAGCAUCCUGCAAGGACAGCCGUAUUUCUCCGUGGAGUCUCAGACAGGUAUUAUUCGCACCGCCUUGCCGGACAUGGACCGCGAGGCUCGGCAGGAGUACGAGGUCGUCAUCCAGGCCAAAGACAUGGGCGGUCACAUGGGGGGGCUGUCGGGGACCACCGAGGUUACCAUCACCCUCACGGACGUGAACGACAACCCGCCCAAGUUCCCACAGAGCGUGUAUGCCAUGUCCGUGUUGGAGGACAAAGUCCCCGGAGAGGAGGUGGGUCGGCUGAAGGCGAACGACCCCGACCUCGGAGACAACGGACUGGUGAACUACCGCUUGAUAGACGGAGACGGAAUGAGCAUGUUUGAGCUGUCCACUGACUCCGAGACCAGAGAGGCUGUUAUCAAACUGAAGAAGAUGGUGGACUAUGAAACUAAAAGGAUGUACACGUUGAAGGUGGAGGGAGCCAACACCUAUAUUGACCCUCAAUACCUCGCUUGGGGGCCUUAUAAGGAUGAAGCAACAAUAAAGAUAUCAGUGGAGGAUGCAGAUGAGCCUCCUGUGUUUGUAGCUCCCAGUUACACUUUUGAGGUGGAAGAGAACGCGCCCGAAGGCACCGUGGUGGGACGAGUCCACGCCAAAGAUACUGACGUUGCCAACAAUCCUGUCAGGUACAUGAUCCCUCGGUACACAGACGUGGAGCAGUUCUUCAACGUAAACGUAGACGACGGCAGGAUUACCACGACGAGGCCGCUGGACAGAGAGGCUCAGGCCUGGCACAAUAUCUCUGUGUCCGCGACGGAGAUAGGAGGCCACCACCAAGACACAAAAGUGCGUGUUAACAUCAAAGUGAAAGAUGUGAACGACAACUCCCCAGAGUUUGCAACCAACAACGAGGUCCUCAUGUGUGAAACGGUCGCGCCGGGGAAGGUGAUUGAAACAGUCAGUGCCGUGGACAAAGACGAGAUGGCUCACAGGCAACACUUCACAUUCAGACUCGCUCCCGAAGUCGCCCACAACCACAACUUCUCCCUGAAAGACAACCGAGACAGCACAGCCAGUAUUAAUGUGCUGCGUAAAGGAUUCAGCCGUCUCACCCAGGACGUUUACUACCUUCCCAUCGAGAUAAACGACAACGGCUUACCGUCUCUGAGCAGCACCAACACGCUGACCAUCAGAGUGUGCUCCUGCGACAGCAAAGACACCAUCGUGUCCUGCAACGUGGAGCCCUACGUCCUCCCAGCGGGCCUCAGCACCGGGGCGCUCAUCGCUAUACUGGCCUGUAUCGUCAUUCUGCUCGCUAUCGUGGUGUUGUUUGUGGCACUGAGGCGUCAGAAGAAGGAGCCAUUGAUAGUGUUUGAGGAGGAGGACAUCAGGGAGAAUAUCAUCACUUACGAUGACGAGGGAGGCGGCGAGGAGGACACGGAGGCUUUCGACAUCGCUACACUGCAGAACCCAGAUGGUGCAAAUGGUUUCCUGCCAAGGAAGGACAUCAAACCGGAGCUCCAGUAUCCCAUCAGGCCCGGGCUCGGCCAUACUGGAGCCAACAGCGUCGACGUCGACGACUUCAUCAAGACUCGGAUUGCAGAGGCCGACUGCGACCCCACCGCACCCCCCUACGACUCCAUUCAGAUCUACGGCUACGAAGGCAGAGGAUCAUUGGCUGGUUCAUUGAGUUCCCUCGAGUCUGUCACAACAGAGUCCGACUUGGAUUAUGACUAUCUGCAGAGUUGGGGGCCGAGGUUUAAGAAGCUGGCGGAUUUGUACGGGACCAAAGACGGCUCCAUUGACGAUGCCGAUGACGGUGAAGACUCUUAACAGUGGUCUCACUGAGUGGACGCCCCCCGAUUUCCGAUUUCCUGAUUCCAUGAGGAUUCGCUAACUGAGGCUUGACACUUCCCCGGUUGCCGGUUGCUACCAACUGUUCAGUUCAUGCCAACCAACGUUAACAGCCCUUCAUUCCCUGGCACCUCCUCGGUCCUCCAAGACGAUUUGCUGACGAACAAAUAAUGAACGCUUGGACUCCAACCCCCCCGGUUCCCUCCUUUACCUUCCUAUAUCUCUUUCCUUCUCUCUAUUUCUACAGACUUGAGCAUUGUAGGGCUGGGAGAUUUGUUAUGUCACCAUUUGUCUGUUUGUAAGUAAAUUGCUGGGAGAAAACAAUGUUGCUGUAUGAUCAAAAUGACUUGCUUAUAGCAAAAAUGUUUAUUCGAGUUCCUAGAUACUUUUGUGGACUGGAUUCACGUCCUUCCUCUGAAAGAGAUUUUAGUCCCUUAGCAGGUUCCUGAGUGGUCUUAACAGGUCACAUGGUAGCUCUCGUUGUGAUGUAUGUAAACGACACGCUAGAAAAAGAGAGGAAGCGAGAGAUAGAGCAAAUUAAAAGAGAAAGUUAGAGUGGGAUCCAGCAACUGCCUGUUUUUACGGAGAAGAAAUGAAAGGUACCUUUGCGUCGCUAGGCUCAAACAAAACGCUUUCUUUUCCCAACGUGUUGUUGUGUGUGCAGAAUUCAGCAGGUACUGUGAUUUCGAUGGCGUGACAGACUCUGGGUUGUUGAUACUUUGAAGAUGCUCGCAGCAUCCUCACAGUAUGGUGGCCUUAUAAUAAAUAAACAACAACUCCAGGGGUAAACACAACAAGAGGAACAAUAGAGACCGCUAGCUUCAGUAGCUACACACAGACAAACUAUGAGUAUCUAUGAAAAAUGCUCCUCACGUACCUGUUUUUUGUACUCCCCCCCCCAAAAAGAGACAAGCUAAACACGGAUUCAAUUUUAAACCUGCGGAUGAUUCUUUGUUUUCAUUCUUCACUGCAGAGAAGACGUGACGCCUCGUCCACCCCGUCCCCGUCCCCGUCCCCCUGUACACGCCCCUGUGUCCCCUCCCAUCAACGAUCACUUCCCAUUACCAAGUCCACCGAUGAAUGAUCACACGCUCAUUCGGAGUCCACCAAUGAUGAUCAAUCACAAUGAGUAAAAACCUGUGAGCUCUAAAAAUCGCCUUAAACUUAAUGGACACUCUUGCAACGCAGUGCAUUCUCCGUUUUUAAUCUUCUUUUCCGUUUUUCUUUUUGUAACUUGAAAAGUAUAUUCAGAAAGCAAACUAUUCUCCAUGUUAGGUAUGUACAGAGCAAUGUGCAGACAUGUGGUAAAUCACUCCGAGGAUCCAACUUGCACCUCGUGCACUCUUAAAGGUUCAGUGUGUAGGAUUUAGUGACACCUAGUGGUGGAGUUGUCGUGUUGCAGCUGAACGCCCCUCGCCUCACCCUCCCCAAGAGAACCUGUGGUAGCUUCAGUCGUCAUAGAAACUCAAAAGGUUUAGUUUGUCCAGUCUGGGCUACUGUAAAA